AUGAGCGCAAAACUCAAGCGGCAACUCAAGAAGUCUGGCAGGGCAAAUAGCAGCCUACCAGUGUCUAUCUCUGAACGUGAGCUUGGAUGGGCAGAUACAAAUUCCCUGCGAAGUCGAGAAUUCGCGGUGACCAACCUGUAUCCCCGAUUGCUAUAUACCUUCUCCGAUGUGAUUGUGUUUGUGUUGAAGAACCCACGCGUUGUCGAAAGCGUGCUAGAGCAGCUUGUCACAUGGGCAGCUGCCGCUCUUGAAAUGUCUUCGAACCAGCCUGUGCUGCCACAUGUUAUCAUUGCUUUAAACGCGUCUGAAAACGAUAUCGACGAGAGUCAAUGGGACCCAGAUACUGCUACCCUCUCCAUUCUCGAAUCCCUUUCACGAACCGUGUUCAAGAACGCGACUUUCAAGAAGUACUCUCAGUUCUGGCGAGAGCGUCAACGUCAGAUAGAGAGUGUAGAGCAGCUGAUUUUGUCGUACUACAGCUCAAUCAGGGUUGUUCGUAUUCCCACACAAGGACGGCCUCCACUCAUACAAGCUCAGAUCAAGAGUCUCUAUACAGGUAUCACCGUUGCUUGUGAAAUAGCCAGAGAUCGGAAAACCGAGCUACGUAUGUUGCUCGACGCUGAGGAGCUACAGUCGUAUCUACAAUGCGCAUUCGACCAUUUCGCCGCAUCGCUCGACCGCCCCUUCGACUUCGUACGGGCAUCAUUCUCAAACAGCCCUAUCCCUCUCGAUUUUGGUGGCAAUAUACUGAAGCUUGCUAUAAAGCUAAUGCAUGUCUGGUUUGACGAGAGAAACACCCGACACAUAUUCCAGGAGUUGAGUUAUAUGGUCGCGUCAUGCAUAAUGCUAGACUGUGCGCGUCAAAAGACACGGGGCACCGCACGAGAUAUCUUCCCGCUCUAUCUCGCACAUCUCGAUGCUGCUCUAGAGAAUUUUUGCGAGGGUCACUGGCCUUGCGAAUAUGUCCAAUCUACGAGCGGACUGCGUUGCAUCAACGUCAAGAGUGGCCAUGGUUCAAAAGGCCACCAGACCGCCAACGGCAAGAUCAUUGCUGUUGGGGAUUAUAUUUCCACUUGGUCGUACGAAACACUUCAUGAAGAAUUCAUCAGCAACUCGUACUAUCGCCUUGACGAGCUGCUAGAGCUGCUCAAGAGGAGGAAGACACCUGGAAAUGAUGAGAUGCGUGUCGCAGCUGACAUUCAUAGAGACGACGUUAUGACGUGGUUCUACAGACACGUUUCUACCACCGGUAGAUUGCAAGGAUACAACAGCCACUCUGUCUGCUUUUGCUGCUUGUCGGAACCUCCCGAACACUCACUGCCUUGUGGCCACGUGCUAUGUACACCUUGCGUGAAGACCUAUGGUCAACAGCAUAGUAGGACAGAGGUUGACAUUCAAAAAUGUCCCCUGGACAUUCAACCUGCCCGUGUAUACCAACCCUGGAGAAUAUACUUCAAGCCCAAGUCGGCAGGCGUUCGUAUUUUGACAUUGGAUGGUGGAGGCAUUCGUGGUAUUGUUGAGCUGGAGAUCUUGCGUAGCAUCGAAGAGGCCCUCGGCAAUGGACUGCGCAUCCAGAACUUCUUUGAUCUCGUUGUAGGAACCAGCACAGGUGGUCUUGUCGCGCUAGGUCUUGUAAGCAGAAACUGGUCGGUGGUUGCUUGUAUCCACAACUUUACGGCGUUGUGCAAGAAAGCCUUUACGAGGCGUUUCGGAGGCAACAUGCCUUUCAUCGGGUGGUUGGUAGACAACAUCAACCACUCAAAAUAUGAGACGACUCCUUUGCAAGAAGCUUUGCAGGAAGCCUUCUCUGAGAAUCAGUAUCUGUUCGGAGGUCAACGCCUCGACCAAAAUUGGAGCUCUCCAGUAAAAGUCGCCGUCACGACAACCUCCUCAUCCUCAUCACCGGUGGUUCUUGCCAACUACAAUCGCCGCUGUGAAGGAAAACUGUCUUAUCAAUUUCAGAGGCCUGAGGGAAUCGAGAAUGAGUUGAAGAUUUGGGAGGCUGCACGUGCGACAUCUGCAGCACCAAGAUACUUUCGACCGUUUGUCCAUGAAGCAUCCAAGCAGGUCUAUAUGGAUGGAGCUCUCUACCACAAAAAUCCUGUCCGAAUAGCUGAUACCGAGUGGAAACUUAUCUGA